AUUUUCUCUAAAUCCCUCUUCUGUUUGCUAAAUCUCACUGUCACUGCUAAAAUCAGAGCAGAUAGAGCCUGCGCAAUGGAAUAAAGUCCUCAAUAUUGAAAUGUGACAUUGCUCUCAACAUCUCACAUCUCUCUGGAUUUCUUUUUUCUCAUCAUUACUGCUAACAAAUUCAUUUCCAGACUUUGCACUUUCAAGAAGCAAUGGAAAAAAUCAACAGUCUUUCAACACAAUUAGUUAAGUGCUGCUUGUGUGAUUUCUUGAAGCUUUCUGAGGCAGUGUGCUAAACAGCUUUCUGCUUUACCUCCUCAGAACUGGGAACCAUCUUAAACUGCAGGUGAAGAUGCACACUGCGUCCUACAUCCAUUUCUUCUACCUUGGCCUGUGUUUGCUUACCUUAACCAGUUCUGUUGCUGCUGGCCCAGAGACACUCUGUGGUGCUGAGCUGGUUGAUGCUCUUCAGUUCGUGUGUGGAGACAGAGGCUUUUACUUCAGCAAGCCCACGGGGUAUGGAUCCAGCAGUAGACGCUUACACCACAAGGGAAUAGUGGAUGAAUGCUGCUUCCAGAGCUGCGACCUGAGGAGGCUGGAGAUGUAUUGUGCUCCGAUAAAACCGCCCAAAUCCGCGCGCUCCGUACGCGCCCAGCGCCACACCGACAUGCCAAAAGCACAAAAGGAAGUGCAUUUGAAGAACACAAGUAGAGGGAACACAGGAAACAGAAACUACAGAAUGUAAGAACAUGCCAUCCACAAGAAUGAAGAAUGAAUGUGCCAUCUGCAGGAUACUUUGCUGUAAAUAAAUUAUUUGUUAAACAUU